AAUGCCAAGGCAAGGUAACCUUCUAUGAAACCAACUACAUAUCCGCUAUUUCAGUUGAUGCCUUCAAUGAGGCCGUAUGUAUGUCACGGUGAAUCCCAGAAGUGAUCGCACUUUAAACGGCUUUGCCAUGCUCUUCAAAUUAGGACUGAUCUUCUGUGUAGCUGCAAGCGCAGGAUGUCUGCAACUGGCUGCUGGGCAAAACACUUUGGUGUCAGGCCUGCUGAGAAAUGUCGCUAGCGGAGUCAACACGGUGGGAAAUGUGAUUGAUAGUGUCAAGACCAGUCUCAAGGAGACAGAGGACAAUGCCGCCAGAUCACUUGUGGAAUUCACUCUAUUUACGAGGGCUAAUAUUUCUGAUGGAGUGCGAAUUUAUGCCAACAACUUAACGAGCAUUCGAUCCUCCAACUUUGACUCAUCUAAGAAGACAAAAUUCUGCACGCAUGGGUAUCUCUGCAACACCAAACCGAGGUCUGGGUGCGACAAUAUAAAGAACGCCCUGCUGAAGUCGGGAGACUACAAUGUCAUCCUUGUCGACUGGUCAGCCCUCGAUAGCAAGCUUCUUUACGCUAUCAACGUAGCUGUGAGGCUGCCUGCAAUCAGCAGUGUUUAUGCGGACUUGGUACAAGACCUCUUGGAUGAGGGUGCAGAUGCUGACGACAUGCACUUAAUUGGACACAGUCUGGGUGCCCACCUCUCGGGAUUGGUCGGGGAGCAGACACUUGCCCCGCACAAUAAGGGAGUCAUCACCGGGCUGGACCCCGCUGGGCCACUCUAUGAGGGCUCCGACUCGUCCCACCGUUUGAGCCCAGAUGACGCACGUUUUGUGGAGGCAAUUCACACCAACGGCGGCAUAUUAGGAAUUGUGGAGGCCGUGGGUGACCUGGAUGUGUACUACAACGGCGGCGUUGGCACCCAGCCGGGCUGCCCCUUCGACGUGGCAGGAAUUUGCUCACACUGUUUUGUCUUUGAUGCGUACAUCAACGCCAUUGAGAAUCCAAAUGCCUUCAUAGCAACCCAGUGCCCUUCCAUGGCUCAACUCAGGCAGAAAGCCUGCGCAGGAAAUGCAACUACCUUUCUAGGACUCGAAGUUAACCAAGAGAGCAAAGGGGUUUACUACAUCGACUCAAGUCUGAAGGCUGAUUUGUCGGCAGUAAGACAGUGCGUGCCCAAAACAGAAGGCCGUUAAAUUUGAAAUAGAUGUGUCAUACGUCGUA